CAUCAUUAUCGAUCUUCCAGCGUUUGCGCAUUUCAACCCAGACAUGCUGCUGCGUCCACGUCUUCUGACUGGGCCUCUGAGGGCUCCGGUCCUCUACCGGACCCUGCGGCGUGUCUCCUCUGCGCCUCCAUUGAUUCGCAUCCAGGACGGUACCUUCUACGAGAGAUAUCCUAGUCCCGACCCGAAGGCCGAGAAAGAGAAUCCGCCUCUCUAUCCCAACCUCAACUUCAUUCUCCCAUCCGGCUCCUCAGCUGCUGAAGGAGUUCAAGAUGGCCAGUCGUUGCAGCACUGGGCCAUCAUUGGCUCCACAGAGAGAACGAAGCUGUUGGAAAUCUUGCGGGGCCAGCUGAUUUGUCUUCCACCCAGUGCGCGUACCUAUCCCUACCUCUUGACAGACGAGAUCGCCGCCAAAGAUCACCGGUUGCGAUAUCCAGGACGCGCUAUUCAAUAUGUUGGUUUCAGUGGAGAGGGGUCACAAGCAACAGGUGGUGUCCGCGGAGCGUACCUGAGCGCACGCUACGAGAGUCUACGAGAAGAGACCGACUGGACGCUGCGGCAGUAUCUGCAGGGACAGACCUCGCUGAACCCGCUCGAGGGUGAAGAAAAUGGCACCGUUAAGGAUCUGGCUUUCCUCGAACAGGUUAUCGCCAAUCUAAAGCUGGAACCAUUGCUCGAUAUGCCGGUAGCCAACCUCAGCAACGGCCAGACGAGACGUGCGCGAAUCGCAAAAGCGCUGCUGAGCAAGCCCGAGUUGCUCCUGCUGGAUGAUCCAUUCAUGGGACUCGAUCCGGCUACGGUCCAGAGCAUCUCGAUCCUCCUGCAUGGCCUGGCGGAGAAGUGUUCGCCACGCCUCAUACUCUCCCUGCGACCGCAGGAUCAUCUACCAGACUGGAUUACGCACAUGAUGGUCUUGGGUAAUUCCCACCGCGUUCUACUGCAGGGAGACCGAUCGCAAGUCCAUGAGACUUUCCAGGUCUGGAAGGGUCUCACCGACGAGUCAACCCCACGUAAAGAGCUCGAAGAGCUCAAGAAAAAUCCAUCAUACAUCGAGGCUAAACGCGCCAUGGAUGAAGGUAUCUUGGAUCGUCAACUCCUCAGAGAUCUGAAAUUGGUGGAUACCAAGCAGCGGCUGCUGGAGAUUACUGCCCCGAGAGGAGGGGAGCCUGUCAUUGAAAUGGACGGUGUCCGCGUUCAGUAUGGCGACAAGGUCGUCCUGGGUAACUGGAAGCAAAAAGUCAACGACAAGCUCCAGGAUGGGCUCCAUUGGAGAGUCCGCCGCGGCCAGCGCUGGGCCAUCAUUGGGGCCAAUGGAUCCGGGAAGACGACACUGCUGUCGCUAAUAACAUCUGAUCAUCCCCAGGCCUACGCUUUGCCUAUCAAACUAUUCGGACGAUCUCGACUGCCGGAGGCAGGAAAGCCCGGAAUUUCCAUCUUCGAGCUGCAGUCACGGAUCGGACAUUCGUCGCCCGAGAUCCAUGCCUUCUUCCCUCGCAAUCUCACCGUCCGUCAGGCUGUCGAAUCUGCCUUUGCCGAUACCUUCUUGUCGAAGCCCCGGCUGGAUCACGAAAAGGAUCUCGACGUCAAUGCCGCGCUCAGAUUCUUCAAGGCUGACCUAGACCCCGACGCCACGACAGGAGUAGAUGCCUCUUCCAGCAAGGUGAGGGGAGCACAGAUGGAAAUGUUCCCCAGGCUCUCCAACUACAGGCCCCUGAAGCACGACUAUACCCUUCCUGACUACGAUGUCGAUUACGCCGAUUCACUCCGAUUCUCUUCCCUGAACGUUGCUCAGCAACGUCUUGUUCUCUUCAUCCGCGCCAUCGUGCAUAAACCUGAUCUCGUUAUUCUCGACGAAGCCUUCUCCGGCAUGCCCGCUUCUCUGCGCGACAAAUGCCUCCAUUUCCUAGAGUCCGGCGAACUGAAGCGUAAUCAUGUCAGCACGGCCACGCGUCGCACCUCUACAGCAGAUACCUGGCUCAACGAGGCGACCGUUGAAGUCUCCAAGGCCCGCCACAAGGGUCUCUCCGACCAGCAGGCCCUCCUCGUCAUUAGCCACAUCCGGGAGGAGAUCCCAGAUUCUGUCCGGCAUUGGAUGCGUCUGCCCUCUGACCUCGGUGUUGGUGAACCCCUCGAUUUCAAGAUGGGUGUUCUCGGCUACGAUAGCACCCUUGGCGGCGAGGCCUGGGAUGCCGUCUGGUCCCCUACCGGCACCGAGAAAUCUCGACGAACUUGGCGUCGGAGAGAUAAUGACGUAGAGCCAGAGGAGAGGGAUGAGGAUAUAUACGAGUAUUUCACUCUGUAAUUUUACUCUGAUCGUUUGAGGAUGAUAUCCGAGCGAUUGGUCUCUGUACUGUACUUACAUAUAUAGAUGCCUAGAUGUGAUGAAAAAGCAUGAAAAGUUUCAAGUGACACUGUACGACAUCGGAUUUUGGUGCCGUGAAAUAUAUAUAUACAUAAUACGCCAUUAUAAAGAUAUCUGCUUAAUAGUGUUAUGAGAGGAGCAGUAGCCUAAAAAGUUCUUGGACAAUUGCAUUCUUGCUGAAAUAUAAUUGAUGAUGAGAUGAAAUAAAAAAGCUGUAGCCUGUAUCGACAAGGGACAUCCAGCAGGCGUCCGCAUAGGGGGGGUAUCGUAUCGUUAAUUCGAGUCCAAAGAGGUCUUCACUCCGCUCCCUGCGCA